GAAAGAUUGCAUAUUCGCGGGAGCAAUGUCGUCCUUCGAUGACAUCUUCGGUGAUUCCAGCGACAUGAUGAGUGCUCCGACGACCGAUUCCGUCAACGCCAAUGCAUCUAUCUCCCUUGAAAGCUUGGGUCUCGAUGACUUGAAUCUUGGGGAUACCAAACCAUCAACCCAACCGCAACCAACAACAAGCUCUGCUACAACCGAGGACCCUUCGGACUUUUUGGACUGGCUCGAUCAAAAGCCAUCCGUCAAAGCAUCAGACGAACUCGUGGUCUCGAUAGAGAAGACGCAAGCAAUCUCCGACGCGGACAUGUUCUCACUGGACGACGAUACACCUAUCACCACGCCGACAACAGUGGUGGCGACACCAAUGGCACCUCCGGGAAAUCCAUUCGCCGCUCCCAUUUCCACCAACGUCGCAACGACAGCAUCAUCAUUGACACCUACUCCCAUGACACCACUUCCAGUGACUGUCGUGCAAGCAGGGGCGAAUGCGUUUUCAGUACCGCCACCCAUGCCAGCCCCUUCCACCAAGCAACCCACUCCCCAGCAUUUAUCCAACAAGUCCGAAACAUCGCAAUCCGCAAAGUCCCUUCCCCACUCUAACUCGAACGCGCCCUUGGCGGUCGGGCUCCCACCUUCCAAUCACGCAAGUGUCACUCCACCUUCCGUCAUUGACGUAUCCACCCGUGAAUCAACGCCGCUACCGCACUCUGUCCCGCGAGUGGAUUCAGUACAAGACGGGUCAAAGCACAGCUCGUUUGAUGCCUUUACGAGCCAACACUCGACUGAAUCGGGCCAGGACCCUUCUAUGCAGCCCAGUGAUGACACUAUCAAGGCCAACGAUCACUUGCGGGCCACAUACCGUCAAGCAAAUAAAAUCCCUGCCGCCGAACGCUUACAUGCGUGGACUGUGUUGUUGGAGGCCAAACCGCUGGACCCAGCGCCAUCGUCUUCGGCCGCUUCUUUGACAGACGAGACCAAGAAGGAUGUGUUGGCCAGCUGCGCUCUCUUGUUUGGCGACGGUGCGUUUUGCAACGUCCUCAAGCAAGAAGGUGUCCCGCUGGACAGUGCGCGUUUGACCAUGUCCGACAGUGUCGAGCAUCUGCUGCGGGCCCUGGUGGCACGCCACAAGCUGCCAGCGACACCGUCGAUCAAACUGGGCUCGCUCUUCACGCCUCUCCUGGCCCUGACCAGCGCCGACCCCCAACGCCCAGACGUGUUUGGUGUCAUGGACGCCGUCCUCGCCCGCCUCGUGCCGUCGCUGCAUGUGUCCACGGCCGUGGUGGCCGACGCCCGUCGACCGCUCGUGAAGCUUCUCGUGCUGUACCAUGACCCGACGAUUGCUUUGCAUUUGGACCACACAUUGCCCCACUGGAGCGACAGUCGGUCGGGCAUAUUGCCAGACUCGUGGCUGGCGUCGCUCUUCGAGGGCACGGACCACACCAACACGAUCCCGCUGCCCUCGUUAAGCAACAUUUGGGACUGCCUCAUCGUCAACGCGAGUGCCACGUACCCGUCCAUCGUCGGGGUGUUUGUCGUGUUGCAUGCGAUCUUGCAGUCCAAGAAACGGCUGCUGAGCUUGACCAACUCGACGUCGCUGCAGUCGGUCAUGACGCAGCUACUGGUGGAGACGCUGAGUCAGUCGCCCCCUCAGCUGAUGCAGCAGGUUCAAGCGUUGAUCGACAAGACGCCGUUCUCGUUCUGCACCAAGCUGUGCGAUGCUGGCAUGGAGCCACCGAGUGAAAAGCCUGCGAGCCGCACCAACUCGUUGUCCAAUGUGACAACGUCUCCCCGCACUGAUAGCAAGGAGAAGCUGUCGACAACCGGCGGUCCUAGCAUGGCCAAGUUUGGGGCGAGUUUGAGCUCCAUGAACUCGAAAUUCUUUGCCGGGGCGUCGAAAUUGACAGCCAGUAUGAUGAAAAGCGAGUCAGACAAGACUAGUGCGGGGAACGGAUCCAGCCGCAGCGACAGUUUCCAUUUGGAAUCCAUUGCCGUGUACUUUAGCAUGACCAUCUCGGCGUGCGAAGUGAUUCCGUCCGUGUUUCGAGGGUUCAAGUCGUCGUGCACGGAAAAGAUUCGGUACUUUGUCGUCGACUGCCGCCCGCAAGAGUACCUCGAGCACGGUCGGAUUCCUACGUCGUUUGCAUUCAAUUCGGAAUCGCUCGUGGACCCGGCAGCGUUUGACAGCGUCAUGGAGACAUUGGAACCCAUCAAGUCGUCGGUGCAUAUUUGCAUCAUGGGGCACGGCUACGCCCGGCACGCCAACCACAUGGUGAAGGACCUGAACAUCCCCAAGUCGCUCGUGGCGGACAUGCUGGCAAAGGACGCCGCGCAAACCAAUGACGCGGUGCUGUUUCUCGCCAAACGGGGGUUUCCCUACGUGUCGGUGAUCGAAGGCGGGUACGCGUCCACGCACCGGUUCCUGACCAAGUCGCGGCUGUUUGCGCUGUCCGACUUGACCGACCACGACCCGAAAGGAUGCACGCUGUGUCAGCAAGAUGCGGCGCUGAAAGCGCGGGGCCGUGCGUCGUCGGUAAGCCAUCUCUCGGACGAAGAAGACGAGUACAUCCAGCGCACCGAAGGAGGGGUGUGCCUCGGUCGAUUUGGCCCAGACGGCCGAAAGAAACGCGACUCACAUUUGUCGUCGUCGACGUCGUCGGGAGGACGCGCGUCGCCGGCGUCGACGUACUUUAACAGCAUGACCAACGUGUUGAAAGAUUCGACGAAAACGAUGGCAGCAGUGAGCAGCAAGACGCUCAAAGCCGUGCCCGGAUCGGACAAGAUGACAGACGCCCUCAAAGACUCGCGCAAUUGGAUGCUCAAGAAAACCGAGUCGAUCCACUUGAACGACGUGUCAACGUCCAUGACGACAGGUAUGCGAUCGGUCGUGGACGUGGCGGCCAACCCCGGGACCAUGCUGAAAAAGGCGGCGAAUUCGUUUGCGUCGACGUUGGGCAACGCUGAGCCGCCCAUGAUGUCGCCGACGUCGGCUGGUUCGGCCCCUGUUGUGGUGGCGGCGGCGGCUCAGAGCACGUCGUCGUUAUCGAACGCCAAGAAACAACCCUAUUCCAAGGCCAAGGAAGCCGUGUUUUCCAUCGACGACGACGACGAAGACGACGAGCCCGACUCGUUUAUGGGCGAGGCGGGCACCGACGGACCAGAUCAUAUCGGCGGCAGCAUUGCCGCACCAAGCGCCGCCAUACACGCAGUGGCCAAGCACGGCGUCCAGUCGUUGAAGAAAGGGAUGCAGAUCCGCAUGGGAGACCUCCUUCCCCUCGUGUCGUCGCCGUUGUUUUCAUGCUACAAGAAGAAAGCCCGGGGCACCGAAACGCUGAUGCUACCCCGCCACGUCGUGAUUGCAGAAGACCACAUCGUCGUGCUCAAGGCGGACAAGGUCCAGGACGCCAUGAGCUGGGUGCGGUCGUGCCACCACCUGAGCCACAUUGCACGCAUGACGUGCAUGAAGAAGAACGCGCUCAUGGUGACGUUCUACCUCAGCUUUGACGGCAAACAAAAGCAAAAAGCGUACGAAGUGCAGCAGCGCGACGCGCUGAUCAAGGUCGUGAGGACAUCCAUGGAGUUGCUCGCGGCGCAGAAAGAAGGCGACGACGACAACGACGACGGCAUCCAUGCUUAAUUUCAGCUCGCCCCCCCCCUCACUUCUAGACUUUGAAUUUCGUCUCGAAAUAAGCCAAGUGUAUGUGCUAGACAGGCAUACAACGAAUACAUACAUUUACACGUUAU